AUGUCAUCUACCACUAAUCCUUGCAUCACGGUGGUUUGCAACGAAAUUCUGGAUAUUGUCUUUGAUUACGCCCUCAAUAAAUUCGAUGACACCAAAGAUCGACAUAGCGCGGGGAAGCCCAAGUUUUUGGCAGUCAUCGAGAAGUUCGUCAGCAGUGGAACACCGGUGGAUAUGUGCCUUCCAGCAUUUCCCUUCAAGUCAUCAAACAAGGUACAUAAGGUCUUCGGCAUUCUACCUGACAAAGCCGAAGAGAUUGCUCUUGAUAGACUGAACACAAUGUGUUUGCGUAUUGAAGAAGUCUAUCAGCCUGGAGCCAAGUGCACAAUAAUUUCAGAUGGACUUGUUUAUAAUGAUUUACUGUGUAUAUCGGAUCGCGAUACAUGGGCAUACGGAGAGGCCUUGCGUGCAAUGUCUAUCAAUAAAGGUUUCGAUCACAUCAGCUUUUCUAGAAUCCAAGACUUUGUCAAUUUCCCAUUGCCAGAAAAGCUAGAUGAGAUCACUUACGUUGCCAAUGCCACCAACUUUCGUCUAUCUAUGAUCAAUAGAUGGGGUAAAAACGAUAUCAGUAUUGAAGAUGAGAUCGCGAACAACCCGGACACGAAAAUGACUUAUCUCGGAUAUCGAAGAUUCCUCGAGUCGGAUUUACGAUAUAUUUUCCCCCUUGGCAAAGGUCGAAGUAAUACCAAUUACAAGAAAAACGUGAAAUACCUCGCUAAGCAGAUGUUGAUUCGAGGAUAUGCUUUUGCGGGAGCGGUCAAAUAUGCUUUUCCCAACCAUCUACGUCUUUCUAUCCACCAGUCAACAGGUGAUCAUAAGAUUUCUAUGAGUUUGCUUAAUACAAAAACGGGGUUUACAACCCCUUGGCAUUGUAGCGUUGCUCUAAUGGCAGACGGGGAGUGGAUAAGCGCUCCAAUGGGGGACUUUAAGGAAAAUGAGAACUUGGAAGUUGUCUACGAAGAUGGUCGUCCUAGCUACUUCAGGGAGAGAAAACACGCUGUCGAGCACCAGGUGGAUGAUACGAAAUCAUCACCAACUUUGAGAACGUCGAAGGGCUUUGAAGAGAACUCUUCCAGGUUCAUUGACAACAAAAACGCUGCUUCAGAGAAAUUCCAGCAACGAUCGUCUGUAGUAGUAUCCAUAUUAGCCAUUUGA